GCCCGGAGUUCUGGGCUGCUGGUGACAGUGCCAGCACAGGCAGUCCGGGUCGGUCGGGUGCAGCAGCCCGGCGCAUUAGUCUCUCUCCCUCCCUUUCUUUCUUCCCUUGUCGUCUUCUCUACCUGCCCCUCCUUCUCUUGCCUCUUAAGUUUCCUGCACCGGGAACCCAACUGUGCCAAGCCUAGGUUCCCGCGGACCAAUCCAGAUCGCGACCCCGGCGGCACUGGGACAACGACUGUGCCAAGGCUGGACAAGGCAACUGUACUCGUCCUCGCCCGAGCAUGGAGACGGAGCUCCGGGGAGGGCACGUCCCGGGCGCUGGAAACGCCAGGCCCUAGUAGCUCCUCCAUGGAGCCUGUUCAGAGCGGUCCUUGCUCGCUGCGUUUGCCUCCAGUCCAGUGCAGCUGCUGAGAGCGCUCCCUGAUCUGUAAAGUGGAUGUCAGGUGGAUCUAUGUUUUUGAAGGAACAAAGACUCAGCCAAGGCACCGCCAAGGAAGUUUGAGAGGAGGGAGGAUGCAGGCUGCGUGCUGGUACGUGCUUCUCCUACUGCAGCCCACUGUAUACUUGGUCACGUGUGCCAACUUAACAAAUGGUGGAAAAGCGGAACUUCUGAAGUCGGGAAGCAGCAAAUCCACACUAAAGCACAUAUGGACAGAAAGUAGCAAAGACUUGUCCAUCAGUCGGCUCCUCUCACAGACUUUCCGUGGUAAAGAAAACGACACAGAUUUGGACCUGCGCUAUGACACCCCAGAACCUUAUUCCGAGCAAGACCUCUGGGACUGGCUGAGGAACUCCACAGACCUUCAGGAGCCUCGACCCAGGGCCAAAAGACGGCCCAUUGUUAAGACCGGCAAGUUUAAGAAAAUGUUUGGAUGGGGUGAUUUUCAUUCCAACAUCAAAACAGUGAAGCUAAACCUGUUGAUAACUGGGAAAAUUGUAGAUCAUGGCAAUGGAACGUUUAGUGUUUAUUUCAGGCAUAAUUCCACUGGCCAAGGGAAUGUAUCUGUCAGCUUGGUGCCCCCAACAAAAAUCGUGGAAUUCGACUUGGCACAACAAACCGUGAUUGAUGCCAAAGAUUCCAAGUCCUUCAACUGUCGCAUUGAAUAUGAAAAGGUUGACAAGGCUACCAAGAACACACUCUGCAACUAUGACCCUUCAAAAACCUGUUACCAGGAGCAGACCCAAAGUCACGUGUCCUGGCUCUGCUCUAAACCCUUCAAGGAUGAACAGGGCACAAGACUGAAGCCUGAGGAAUUAGAGGUCACAGGAGAGGGCUGUUACCUCAAGGAAGAAGGUCCCAUCUGUUGCCCGGAAUGUGUCUACACUGCUGCUCUUGUUGACUGGUGCAAACAUGCUAGUGGAAAACAGUUGAUGUAACCUCUGCCCAGUCAGCUGCAUCUCGGCAUACUUGUAAAUCAUCGUAGAUCUCUCCAAGUCUCACCUGAAGACAUGCUAUCACAUGUAGAGGCCCACGAGCACCACCCUUGCACAUCUCAGCUUGCAUCUCUCAUGGUUCCCUUUGAGAGGGCUUUCAUUGUCUGACUCAUGAUGGUUCAGGAUAAACUAUGAUCAAACACAGAGAAUUAACUAGACAGAGGAAGUGUCUAACACGCUGUUAUGGGAAUCUCUUUUAAGGUCUUGAGUCCAUGCUAAUCAAUAGUCCCCAUUCAUGCAUUCCUACUGCUUGGAGUAGCUGUGCUGGUGAAUACUACUGUAGGAGUUAUAUGCUUGUUAAACGGAAAAAAAAAUGUGUCUUUAGAGCUCAGUAUUCUUUAUUUUAUGAACACAACAAAGUGUAGUAACUUUUCCCCAGCAUACAGUAGGCACAUUCAAGGUGAUACAGGAUGGCUUUUCUUUCUAUGGAGGGAGGAGCCCAUUCUCAGUAAAGAUGAGCAAACAUUUGGAAGUUACAUGUGGGCAGACACUGGGAUGACAGCUUUUCUUGCCGAUCACCGGACCAUUGCAAUGUUGAGAUCAACUAAGACUGCUUAAGACAAGUUCUGAUCAUUCUAUAAGAAGGGAAAUGCCUGGCAGACACCGUGUAAGUUGUAAGUGUCUGUCUUAUCUUUACUACACAUAUUGUAACAAAUACAACAUCCUAGUCUUCAUUUGUAUGAAUGGUUUGUAUUGUACAUAGUUUAACCAAGUGUUAUUUGAGCUGCUUAUUAAUAUUAAAUUGUACUUGUCUCUCUGCUUGUUAUUGGUUAAAAAGAACAAAAAAGGAUCUGAGGAAUCCAUUUAUUCAAUGUAGCUGUGAAUUCCAUUAAAAAAAGACAGAUUUAAUGUACAAAGCAUUUAUUCAGCUCCAGUAUUGUUGAAAGCUAUACAUAUACAACAUUACACUGUCUGUAUUUAGAUAUUUUAUUUCUGGAAAAAGAAAUGUACAUAAAAAUAAAACACUUAAAGUUGAGUUUCAAUACGUAUUUGUGUAAGAUGGUGAUUUAAAUGGUUCUGACAAGAAGAAUGUGCUGGAAUACAGCCAUGGCUUUGCAGCUCAUGCCUUUGAAUUCGAGCAGAGUUCUAUAAAUUGUUA